UGGAAACGAAACAUUCAGUUCACAAUAAAAGAAGCCAGUAGCAUUAUUAUUUCAUUCUUUCAUUUCAGAUGUUCCUUCAUAAUUUUAUAUUUUAGAUGCUGUCAAUGCGGUGGAAAGAGGAAUAGAAGAAAAACAUUCAAAUUGAAUAAAAACAAAAAAGCAUGCAAGAGUUUAUAAAUAGAAUUAUUUAUAUUUGUGGAUAGCACAUAUGUUCCAUCGAAAUAUAUCUAAUUGCAAAAUAGAAAUUUGUAGAAUUUUGUAGAAACAUUUGAAACAUUUAUUUUUGUUCAGAAAACAACGUGUGGCGCUGCAUUCGAGAAGUUUCUUCAAGUGUUUAAAAGAUAUAUAAAAACGAUACAUCUGUUGCAUUGCUGUUGUAAUAGGACAUUAAUACAUAAUUUUUUAAUUUUUAAUUAUUGAAAAAUAUUUUAUUUAAUAUGACGAUAAAUGAUAAUGAUGUGGAUGCUGAAGCCUUAACCUAUAAAGAUAAAGGCAACGAGGCAUUUAAAUCAGGUCAAUGGAAGGAAGCGAUAAAAUUGUACACAAAAGCUAUACAAAAAGGUGAAAAUCAUAAAGAUGCUCCAGUUUUUUAUAAAAAUCGUGCUGCUGCAUAUUUAAAAACUGAAGACUAUGAGGCGGCAGUAAGAGAUUGCACUGAGUCAUUACGUCUCUCACCUAGAGAUCCAAAAGCGCUAUACCGACGUGCCCAAGCAUAUGAUGCACUAAAGCGUUACGAAGAAGCUUAUAAGGAUGCUACGAAUUUAUUUAAAGAAGACCCUAGCAAUAAGUCUGUCCAACCACUGUUGCAAAAGUUACAUGCGCUAGUGCAAGAAAGGGUAGCACAAAAUGCAAAAACUUCAACGAAGGUAAAAGAAAUGAUGGAACUUACAUUUAACAUAGAAAAUCCAACCGAUAAACGACGAUUAGGUGCGAAUAAUUUAUUGGUACUUGGCAAAGAAGAUGUAGGUGCAGAUUUACUUUUCAAAGAAAACUGUAUUACGAAAAUAGCUUCCUUGACAAAAAUUGAAAAAGAUCAGGAUAUUUAUGUCAACUUAAUACGUUUAGUAGCUGAACUCUGCUAUGGUUCUAUUGAGCGUACAAAAGCAGUCUUAGUGGAGCUUGGAGUGCCGUGGUUUUUACGUGUUUUAGAUCACAAACAUGAGGAACGCGUUACAGCGGCACAACAUUGCUUGCAGACAAUAAUUAAUUCCUUAUCAGGCAUGAAUAACAAAACUGAUUCAAAACCAGAUAAAGAAUUAUGUAAACUUCAUAAUAAAGAAAUUGAUACAUUGCUUAGCUGUUUGGUGUAUAGCAUAACAGAUCGAACAAUAUCUGGGCCGGCACGUGAUGCUGUAGUAGAAUUAUUAACACGAAAUGUACAUUACACAGCUUUAGAAUGGGCCGAACGUUUGAUAGAAAUAAAUGGCUUACAUCGUUUAUUGGAUGUUUGCUCUGAACUGGAAGAGUAUAAAUACGAAAGUGCCAUGAACAUAACGUCUUCUUCGCGUACCAUUGCUGCAGUAUGUUUGGCACGUAUAUAUGAGAACAUGUACCAUGAUAUUAUAAAAGCGAAAUUUACUGAACAAGUCGAAGAAUAUGUGAAAGAUAAACUUCUGCUGCCAGAUAUGGAAUCAAAAGUGCGUGUUACAGUAGCCAUAACUGCACUUCUAGAAGGCCCAUUGGAUGUAGGGAAUCAAAUAGUUGCACGAGAAGGCAUUUUGCAGAUGAUUUUAGCAAUGGCAACCACUGAUGAUGUGCUACAACAAAAAGUUGCUUGUGAGUGUCUUAUAGCAGCAUCUUCUAAGAAAGAUAAAGCGAAGACUUUAUGUGCACAGGGUGUUGAAAUUCUUAAACAAUUGUAUCGCUCAAAGGAUGAUGGUAUACGUGUGCGUGCCUUAGUUGGCUUAUGUAAAUUAGGUAGUUAUGGUGGUCAAGAUGCGGCUAUACGACCAUUUGCAGAUGGUGCUACAUUAAAAUUGGCUGAAGCAUGUAGACGUUUUUUAAUAAAACCAGGUAAAGAUAAGGAUAUACGUCGCUGGGCAGCAGAUGGUCUUGCUUACCUUACGCUUGAUGCAGAGGUAAAAGAGAAAGUUAUAGAAGACAAAGCUGCUAUACACGCACUCAUAGAUUUAGCACGUUCCGGAGAUCAGUCUUGUCUUUAUGGUGUGGUCACAACAUUUGUGAAUCUGUGCAAUGCAUACGAAAAACAGGAAAUACUUCCUGAAAUGGUAGAAUUAGCUCAAUUUGCUAAACAUCAUAUACCCGAAGAACAUGAGUUGGAUGAUGCAGAUUUUGUAAGCAAACGCAUCAUUGUUUUAGCCAAUGAAGGUAUCACUAUAGCGCUUUGUGCGUUAGCCAAAACUGAAAGUCAAAACUCACAGGAAUUGAUAGCUCGCGUAUUAAACGCACUGUGCAGUCAACAGGAGUUACGUGGUAAAGUAGUGCAGGAUGGUGGUGUGAAAACUUUAUUACGUUUAUCAUUGGAAGGUACAGAUAAAGGAAAGCGGCAUGCUAGUCAAGCACUUGCACGCAUUGGUAUCACUAUAAACCCGGAAGUGUCAUUUGCUGGACAACGAAGCCUUGAUGUAAUUCGUCCGCUACUCAACUUAUUAGCUCAAGAGUGCACAGCACUUGAGAAUUUUGAAUCGUUAAUGGCAUUGACUAAUCUUGCGUCAAUGAAUGAAACUGUGCGUAAACGUAUUAUAAAAGAACAGGGUGUAUCUAAAAUUGAGAUUUACUUAAUGGAAGAUCAUUUGUAUUUAACGCGUGCAGCAGCUCAAUGCAUUUGCAACCUUGUAAUGUCCGAUGAAGUUGUGAAAAUGUAUGAAGGUAAAAAUGAUCGUAUUAAAUUUUUGGCCUUACUCUCCGAAGAGGAGGAUGAAGAUACCGCAAAAGCAUGCGCAGGUGCAUUAGCUAUGCUUACUUCGGUAUCUAAGAUAUGCUGUUCUAAGAUAAUAGAAAUCAAUACAUGGCUCAAUAUAUUGCACACUCUAAUUGCGAAUCCGAGUCCAGAUGUACAGCAUCGGGGUGUUGUUGUUAUUUUAAAUAUGAUUAAUUCGAGCGAGGAUAUAGCAAGGAAAAUACUUGAGACUGAUGUUAUGGAAUUGCUCUCUGGUCUAUCACAGUUACCAGAUGAAAGUCGCGCUAAAGCACGUGAAGUAGCUAUACAGUGUUUGGCGGCUGCAGAGCAUCACAAUAUUAUAGAAAAAUCAGACGAAGCAGAAAUCCCUGAUGUUUUUCAGGAAUCUUUAAAAAUUGAAGAAAUUUACGACGAGUAAUUAGUAUAAUUAAAAAUUGUAUUUAAUUUAUAACACAAUUAAGAGGUGUUAAUUAUAAUUGACCACAACUAAUGUAAUUUAGUUAGUUGACAAUUACGAAAUUCUGAAAUAUUUUUUUUCGUAAUAUUGUGAAAAAUUAUAUUUCCACUGUAUUGUAUGCAUAGUUCAUUCACAUGUUUAUAUUCAUUACG